AUGACGGACCGCUCCGUGGCGCCGCAAGCGCUUGCAGACGCUCCUGACGCCACUGACGACGCAGAUCUCGUCAGCUUUGCGUCCUCUUUACUCGAAGCUGCUGACGUCGACUCGGAUCUGCCAGUAGCGGCGCUGGACUUUGCGGCACUCGACGCAGUAGACGCUGCGAUUCAUGCGCCAUCGGACCUCACGUUCGAAUCGAUUGGAACGAGCGACUCGUCGCUUGAUUUGCCUCUGGAGUCAGUUUUAACGACGGAAGGUCAAGUGGAGGAGGUCCUGAGAGCUGGAAACGCUCUUGAAGCCGAUGCGGACGACGGGAUUCGAGUCCUCGUGUGGUUCCGACGCGAUCUUCGACUUCACGACAACCUCGCGCUUACUAAGGCGCUGCAAUUGGUCCAGCAAGUACAAGAUGAAGAGGAGGAGAGCAAGGAUGUAGAAAUGAGAGAAGGAGGGGACCAAAGGACGCAGAAAUCGCGACGCAGAGUGGUGCUCAUUCCGCUGUACAUUGUACACCGCCCGAAGAUCAUGUUGUGCGGCGUGAACCGCUUCCAGUUUAUGCUGGAGAGCGUGUCCGACUUGGCUGAUGCCUUAGCAGCUCGAGGCUCGCGACUUGUGGUGGCACAAGGGGACGGUGUGAAAGUGCUGCGGCGGCUCUUACCAGCGUGGCGCGUCACGCACCUGUUUUUUGAUGCAGCGACGGAACCGUUCGCGAUGGAGCGAGACAACCGCGUUGUGGCACUGGCGACGCGACUGGGCAUUGAGACACAGUUGACAAACGGCUAUUCACUCUAUGACUUUGACGCAAUAAUUGCAGGAAACGGAGGUAAACCACCCAAGACGUACACGGCGUUUCUGCGGGCGCUGGCCAUGCAGCCGGAGCCGCCGAAGCCGUUGCCGACGCCGGAAAAAGUGCCUCCUCUUGUCUUCCUACCAAGUGAAUUGUAUCAGCAGGUGGUCGACUACUGGAAGAACCGUGCAAAGGCUGAUGAAAUCGUGCUGCCGUCGGAUGGUACAGAGAAAGUGAUUGAAGACGAGCCAGAUGACCCAGGAGAAAUGGACAAAGAGCUGAGAGAGAUCGCGGGCUCUGAGCAGCAGUUUGCACUACCUGAAGUGGCUGACUUUGGCUACGACGUACCCGAGCGACAUCCGUUUAUCUAUGGCGGCGAGCAGAUUGCGCUGAGCAUCCUGCGUGAUUACUGUCGAAAUGAAGGCCGCGUGGUUAAGUUUGAGAAGCCCAAGACGUCUCCAGCACAGACGACCCCUUCCGCUUCGACAACAUCGCUGAGUCCAUUUUUGUACUUCGGUUGCAUCAGUCCACGGACAUUCUUGCAUCACGUCCGAAGCAUUCAAGAAAACCAUGCCAAGGCACUUUCCGCUACCCCUGUAAGCUUAGACGGCCAACUGUUGUGGCGGGAAUUCUUCCAUUGUCACGGCUACGCCAAUCCAUAUUUUGACAAAAUGGAGGAAAGUCCUACCUGUCUGCAAAUUGACUGGAGAUGGCACAAGAUUCCAGAGAAGGAAGAGGAUAUGACGGACGACGACAAGCUUGCACGCUCACAAUUCAAAGCGUGGAGAGAGGGGCAGACUGGUUUCCCGUGGAUCGAUGCCAUUAUGAUUCAACUGAAGAAAGAAGGGUGGAUGCAUCAUUUAGCCCGUCACUCGGUCGCGUGCUUCCUUACUCGUGGCAAUUUGUACAUUUCAUGGGUUCGUGGGCUUGAAGUUUUCCAGGAACUACUGAUUGACCACGACUGGGGUAUCAAUGCCGGCAACUGGCUCUGGCUUAGCAGCAGCUAUUUCUUCAAAGCCUACUUCCGCGUCUACUCCCCGUCAACGUUCGGCAAAAACUGGGAUCCCGAGGGUCUGUUCAUUCGCAAGUACGUGCCUGCACUGAGCAAGAUGCCGGUCAAGUACAUCUAUGAGCCCUGGAAAGCGCCAAUGACCGUUCAACAUGCCGCAGGCUGCCUUAUUGGAAAAGACUAUCCAUUCCCCAUUGUGGAUCACAAAAUCGCAGUGCGUCGGUGCAUGGCGGGCAUGAAGAAGUCAUAUGCCGUUGGUAAGUAUGGAUCGCCACCGAUUUCGGAGCCACCUACUAGCCCAACCAACAAACGCCCACGUGAAAACUCUUCGAGUUCGUCGGAGACAUCCGAUGACUCGGCACAGUAG